AUGACGCAGCAACACCAUCAGCGGUUCUUCUCCAAUCCCAAAGAGAUACUCCAGGCGAGCGACCCACACCAAGAGCUCAUUGCUAGCCUAGAGCGUAUCAACACCCACAACCCCCCGGUUCAUACGUGUUCGACUGGCUGGACUUUCCACGGCUUCUACACGGGGCCUACCUCGAUCGCGUACCUGUUCCACCGUCUUUCCGAGCUGUAUCCGGAUCUCGAGUUCAAGCAGCAACCAUUGCGCGAAUGGUGUCAGGAAUAUCUCAAUCUCUCCAGUCAUACCAACAAUUCGCCGCCAUCUCCUAACAAUUGUGGAAUCGCAAAUGAGACCCUUGUUCAUCUAGCUCUGACAGCUGUAAGCCAGCAGGAAGCGGGCCUCGUCAAGCAGCUUUGUUUGUUCGGGCCUUCCAUCAACUCUACUCAGGACGAUGGAUCCAAUGAAUGGAUGUAUGGUCGAGCUGGGUAUCUUUAUCUCCUGAGGCUCUGUCGUCCGGUGGUUCGAGACAAGUCGCAUUCAUCUACAGCCUCCUUGCUAGAGACCACGAUCGAAAGCACGGUCCAUAGAAUCUGCAAGGUACCACAGCCUUGGACUUGGCAUGGGAAAAGAUACCUCGGGGCUGCUCACGGGACCAUAGGAAUAAUCUGCCAAGUCAUACUAUCCAAGCCCUCAGUCGCGCCCAGUUUUGAAAACAUAAUAUCCAAUCUACUGGACAAGCAGUUUGAGAGUGGAAAUUUUCCAUCGUCGCUUCCGGCUGGGAAUGACAGGCUGGUGCAGUUCUGCCAUGGGAGCCCAGGAAUUCUUUUAAGUCUGCGCUCUUUACAGCCUCUCUUCCCACGGCUCCAGAGCAAGAUCCAGGAGGCCAUUGAAAAAGCGCAAGGGGAUAUAUGGGAGCGCGGAGUUCUUCGCAAGGCUCCAUCGCUCUGUCAUGGUCUGGCUUCCAACGCGUUAGCUCUCGACGAUGAUCAGCAGUUUGAAGUGUUUCUCUCGUGUCUGUGCAGCACGUCGAUGGAAAAACUGGGUUGGAUGAAGGUAAAGGGGAGAGGUGAUGAAUUUGCCAGCCUCUACACCGGGGAAGCAGGUCGAGCCUGGACGUGGGCCAUCGCAGAUCGGCGGUUGCCCAGGACAUGUAUUGGAUAUAAUGACUUAUGA